GGCGCCACGUUAUGACGUUCGUGUUCGCGCGGGUGUUUUUCGAAGCUGUUCUGGCGGAAAGACAACAAACAAACAACCGAACAGAUUUGUUUGGGAGGACAAGUCGGGUGUGCGGUUUUACUGUGAUUCCAGCAGCAGCAGGUAUUAUGUCCUCGGCGGGGAGAUGAAUUGGGAUCAACUGGAGCUCAGUCCGAGGAUCAUAGCCGCCGUGAGGAGAGCUAAACUGCAGUCUGUCAGGGAGGUGGUGUGUCUUUCAAGUCUGGACCUGCAGACACUCACUGGUCUGUCCCUGUCUGACGUCCAGCAGCUGCUCACCGCUGCCGCCACCGCCUGCAGGAGACACCCUCCAGUCACAGCCCUCCAGCUGCAGCGGGGGGAAUAUCCCAGCAUCGAAUCCGGCCUCAGACUCAGUGUGGGCUGUCCAGUGCUGGACCAGCUGCUGCGGGGGGGUCUGCCUGCGGGGGUCAUCACAGAGCUGUCAGGAGAAAGCGGUGCGGGGAAGACUCAGCUGGCCCUGCAGCUCUGUCUGUCUGUACAGUACCCGGCAGAGCACGGAGGACUGAACUCAGGAGCGCUUUAUAUCUGCACCGAGGACUCGUUUCCCAUCAAGCGUCUGCAGCAGCUGAUCAGAGAACAGCCCAGUCUGCGCUCCGACGUCCCUCCAUCUCUGAUCAGCAGCCUCCAUUUCAGCAACAACAUUUACAUUGAACACACUGCCGACCUUGGCUCCCUCCAGGUGUGUCUGUCCCGCCGUGCCCCUCUCCUGCUGGCUCAGGGUCUGGUCCGGCUCCUGGUGGUGGACUCGGUGGCGGCUCUGUUCAGGUCUGAGUUCCAGGCUGAUGAUUGGCUGGAGAGGAACAGACAGCUACUAACCUUCUCCUCUGCACUGCACCGCCUGGGCCAGGAGUUCACCACACCUGUCCUCUGCAUCAACCAGGUCACAGAUGUUUUCAACCAAUCAGACAACAGUUUGGGUCCUUCGUCCUCCAGCGUGUCCCCUGCUCUGGGUUUGGCCUGGGCCAAUCAGGUGAUGGUUCGGCUGAUACUGCGGCGUCUCCGGGAGACAGUGACCCGUGGCGACCAGAGCAGCAUCCUUCGCAGGUUAGAAGUGGUGUUUGCUCCCCAUCUGCCCCGAGACGGCCGAGAUGCUGCUGUCUGGAGGGAGGGCAUCAGAGGAGUCCUGAACUCUGACUGACUGUAAAUACAGAAUAAACUUUAUUUAAAUAUUGUCUGCACAACAGUGCAUUCAAAUUAUUAUAUUAUUUACACUAUGCAGGCAAUUGUAUAUGGACAUUCUAAUAUGCUGUCUCGUUCACAAAGCUAAUCUCAGAUUUAAAUUGGAAGUUUUGUAGUGGAGGUUCUGAAUUAGAUUUUUUUUUAAUGCACUUUUUACAAAAUGAAUAGUGUCUAGAAAUAUGUGAACAUCAGUCAUAUUUACUGCAGCUGAUGUGAUGUUUAUACUCUGAAUGCAGCAUUAUUACUGUAUUUCAACUUCUCUUAUAGUUAAGCAGCAGCUCAGCUCAUGAGUUCACUCACUGGGUUUUUCUUGAGCUGUCAACCACACAUCACUGACUUCAUCAGCAGUGGGAGCUAUAAUUAUUAUCAAAUUAUUUGAUUUGUCAUGAAAAUAACCUAAUAUUUAAAUGUAAAGGCAGUUAUAUUAUUUGUACUGCCUGUCCCUCCUCGACAUCUUCAAAUAAAACAUUACAAAACUCCA